UGUGCCCUCUGCGGCCAAACUGACGCUGCUGCACGUCAAAUUAGCUGUCUGCAGUCUUCCAGGGACACCUUUUGCGGACCGCCGGAGCUCACAGUGCAAUAAAUAUGGCUUCAGAGCUAACCACUUCCAUAAACAUCAAGGAGCCCCGGUGGGACCAGGGCACGUUUGUUGGUCGGGCGAAGCAUUUCUUCACUGUCACGGACCCCAGGAACAUUCUCCUCACCGAUGAACAACUGGCCCAUGCACACGCAGUCGUCACUGACUACAGGAAAGGAAUUGUCUCCCCAGGACUGACGGAAGAUGAACUCUGGAGAGCAAAAUAUGUUUUUGAUUCGGCUUUCCAUCCCGAUACUGGGGAGAAGAUGAUCCUGAUUGGCCGCAUGUCAGCGCAGGUUCCAAUGAACAUGACGAUCACUGGAUGCAUGAUGACAUUUUACAAGACAACUCCAGCGGUGUUGCUGUGGCAGUGGAUCAAUCAGUCUUUCAACGCAAUAGUCAAUUACACCAACAGGAGCGGUGAUGCUCCAAUCACAGUCAGUCAGCUGGGCACGGCUUAUGUGUCUGCCACCACAGGGGCAGUUGCCACCGCCCUCGGACUGAACGCACUAACAAAGCACAUCUCACCUCUGAUCGGACGGUUUGUUCCAUUUGCUGCUGUUGCUGCUGCUAACUGUAUCAACAUCCCUCUGAUGAGACAAAGAGAACUUCAACACGGCAUUCCCAUAACAGAUGAGAAUGACAACAGGUUAGGAGAGUCACCGAAAGCUGCACAGCAGGCUAUCUCUCAGGUUGUGGUCUCCAGAAUCCUCAUGGCUUCUCCAGGAAUGGCUAUCCCGCCAUUUUUAAUGAACCAUUUGGAAAAGAAGGCCUUUCUGAAGAAGUUCCCAUGGAUGAGUGCACCUAUUCAAGUCGGCUUGGUGGGAUUCUGCCUGGUAUUUGCCACUCCACUGUGCUGCGCAUUGUUCCCUCAGAAGAGCUCCAUGUCAGUCAGCCGCCUGGAGCCGGAGCUGCAGGAGAAAAUCCGGGCCAACCACCCAGGAGUGGAGAGGGUCUACUUCAACAAAGGGCUAUGAGUGUGCAGCGCACUCAUCCAAACACUGCCAUCACACAGCUGCAGGCUCAGUCCCCCUCAUUCAGUGUGCCAAAGUUAAGUUUGUGUCU